UCGUUGGGUGUUGAACAGAUUGAGAUCCAGACAGGGAUGGGAUUAGAUUGAUUAUUUUGGUGUUGUUUUUCAGAUAGUGCUGCGAGAUAUCGUAGGCAUAUUUUUUUCAAACGUAACAGUUGCCGUAACUUCUGAAAACUUUUGAAGACUUUUCAAGGCAUCCUUGAGCAAACUAGUGGAACCUGCUGUUAUAAACAGUUUUAUAAUAAAGAGAGACUUUCAAAAGUGCCAUGGAAUUGCAGUCCUCCAGCUUGGAGAGGAUGGACAAAAUCUCCAGUUUGGAUGACCUGACCAUCUCAGACAAGGCUAAUUCAACUGGUUACCCAGAUUAUGUCUACCUGAAUGCAGCAACGAUUUUCCAGAACAUUCAUGUGGAGAAACCCCAACAUCAACGACUAGUGGGCUACGGCACAUUAACCAAUCUCCCAAUGCCAGUGUUCGAAGAUGAAAAGUCUCAGCGCUGGUCUUUCGAACUUGCAUUCAAUGCAUUAAAAUAUCAGGAUUUUCUGGAAGAUUUAAUGAUUGACAGCUGUUUUUACCCAUCUAAUCCAAGUCAUGAUGACUCAACUAGCCUGGUUGUUGUGAUGUUGUAUGAUUUCCAAGAUCGCAAGUUUCAACCUAGACUCUGUCUAGCUGACGAAGAGGAGAUAGAAGAAGUGAGAGAAGUAGAAAAGUCCCUGAACAGUUUUAAAACAAAAAUAGCUGCUUCUCUGGCUCGCUGUCGAAUCAAACUCGACAUUCUUACCAUCGACUACCUCUUGCCCGAAACUGUAAGGAAAAAACAAGAGAGAGCCUCUACCCUCCCUCUGUACGCUUGGGUGAACACAAUGAAAACCAGCCUUGAAGACGUGUGCAGUUCCUUGGUGAGAGAUGGAUUUGUGAAGGUAAAAUCAAUCACUGAACUUGAAGGAUUAACGUUCUGUCAGGACCUGCACUGUAAGGAUUUGUUGGGUUUUCCUGCUCAUCUCAAAGAUGACCUUUGUGGAAUGGAGCUCUUUACAGACUACAAGCUAGUUAUUCAGGAUAAAUCUCGCAGUCUGGCUGCACACUCCGUGAAGGCCUUGAUGAACAUGGAUGAUGAUGUCAUCAUUGGAAGCGUGGCAUCAGGCUUGACCAUCGCUCACAUGUCUGCACUGACUGAUCAGAACACAAGCAAAAUCUUUGUUUGUGGCGUAAAAUCUAAAUCCCAGCAGGAACAACUGCAAAAUUUCUUCACACAAAUGCAAUGCAGAAAUAUAAAGCUAAUACCUGACACAUUUACAGACAUUGAUCCUACAAAUCCACCAUUACAAACAGCUAAAAUUGUUUUGCUCCUGCCCCCGUGCAGUGUGUCUGGUGUCAGUAACCCAGUCGAUUUCAUCUUAAAUGAAAAUGAAGAUGCUGGUCUUCUCCAGGAUAUUUCCAGGGGAUCAAUAUCAGAAGAGAAACUGAACAGCCUUGCCAAGCACCAAGAACAAAUCAUGACACACGCAGUGAAAUUUCCCAAGGUGCAGGCUGUGGUGUACUGCACAUGCUCAGUGUACCCAGAGGAGAAUGAAGAUGUGGUGAAAAAAGCACUGGCAUAUAAACUUGAAGGAAACAAAGUUCAGCCAUACAGACUCAGUCCCCCAGUCCUGCCACUCUGCAGCAUUUUGGAAAUCGAAAACGCAAGUGAGAAAUGUUUCAAACUGGAACCAUCCGAGACAAACAACGGCUGUUUUGUGGCCGUGCUGACAAGAGAGCAGGAUCCUUCUGGCACAGUCUCGGUCAAAGACGUUCUGGCUCGAGCUGCAGCCAAGGGGCUCUUGGACGGUAUUGAAAAAACUAAACCAUCGAAGAAAGAAAGAAGGAAAUCCAAGCCAGCAGCACAGGCCGCUCUUGUGAGCAGUGAAACAGAGGGCAGAAUUGCAGAGUUCUUGAAAAAAGAGAGUGAAGAGGCCACUGACAUUGCAGUAAGGCCUUACAUUAGCAGCAACUCCUUGUUCAGGGAGAGCAAGACAAACAUUUCCGUUCCACCAAACAGGCUCUCCAAAGCCAUUCCUUCCAUAUCUAGGAUGAGUCCAGUGAAAAAGAGUCUCUCUAGAAGUUCCACCACAGAGCGGCAUUAUGAACAUUGUCGCUCUAGUGCUGCAAGGCCAAGACUUGAAGAGAUGUAUGUACUGAAGCCAGUGGAGCUGACCCUUCCUCCAGUGAUUGCUCUGUCUCACAGUUCCUACAUGUGUAAAAGCAAAAGCCCCCCUCAUCUCUCAUAUUUUCACUGUAAGAGUAGAUACAGUCUUCCAAGGAACUCACUAACACAGACAUCUUCUACAAACAUGAGCAAACACAGUGACACUCUUUCAACUUCAACCGCAAAGCACCCCCGACCUUGGUUAUGAGUGAGGAUAUAUAUUACUAUAUAUUAUACUUAAAGCCUUAUGGUAUUCAUACUGGUCAUCCAGACAUUUUUUGUUUAUUUAACAGCCAUGGUGUUCCAUUUUUACAUAAAACAUGCUGCAUUGGGAUAUUUUCAGUUGUAAUGGGGUAUGAUGGCACUUAAAUCUUUUUUAAGUUCUGCAGGGGUUCUCUUAUCCUGCACCAAUGCAGUGGAAUGCCUCAUUCCAACAUGAUUUAGAAGCAUAUGUGCAGUCAGCUGGGGGAUUUGCCAUUUUCUCCUUGAAGCUCAAGCACAUCAUUUCCAGUUACGGAUAUUAACCCCUUAUCCAAAUCUGAUAAGCCAGUGAAAGCUACAUAGCCUUGUACGAGAAAACAAUGUAUAGUAUUACAAGUAGUCGAGAUGCCUCUUCAGCACCGGCCAUGAACCCCACUCCCCAGCAACAUGAAAUCACAGGUCAUUCUUUAAAAUAAGAUGUCUUUCUUAUUGUUUGAAUUAAACUGUACCAUAAACAAUGGCUAAAAUUCCUGAUCAACUUUGGCUUGUUGGUGGUCCUCAUGAUUAUUAGGAACUUUAUCUUUUUUUCCUAUUAAAAUAGGAAGUCUAAUACUGAUGUUCAAAAUCACUUAAUUUGCUGCAGUAACUAAACACUACUUAUAGUUGUGUAUCGGCAAAAAUGUCACCUUUGCAAGUUACAUUAAAUCAAGUCAGCUGUUCAGAAAUCUGCCUUACUGAUUUUUUCAGUUAAGUGUUCCAUUCCAUGUGCCAAACAUGGCAUAAUUUACUGCAUUAUGCUUGUAUGUUAUAUGAUGUAUAUUAUAUGAUGUAUAAAUCAUAUGUUAACACUGUGUAUGUGUAGUACUUUUACUUCUGGGUUAUAAUCAUAAGGUGAAAUAAAAAA